AUGGGGUCUUCAAAGGGACUGUGGAAAGAGAGGCCUUCAGCCCACGCCUCUGAAUGCUUUUCCACCAGAGCAUGCCCUGUGGCCUUUAUCCUGCUGGUGUGGAACAGUAAGACCCCUGCCGGGCUGCAGAGCCUCUGUACUGGGCAGCAUCCCAGCCUGAGUGUCAGAGCUCAGAGGGCAGGCCCCCGAGCAAGCAGACAGGAGGGCACCUUUUGGACAGAACGUGUGGGACAAGAGCAAUGGCUCAUCUGUUCAGGUUCCUCACAAAAUGAGAGUCAGGAAGAUCAGGGCGCAGACCUGAUUUCCCAUGCAGGACUGAAAGCAGACAACCGGAGGGAGAGCAGCACCUGGGCCAGUGAGGUAGAAGACAGAAGACCACAGUGUACUCCUGCCCUCAACCUCGCCCCCUCCCACCCACAUCCUCCACGCCCCCUGAUCACCUUCCUCAGAAGUGUAAUAGGAAUCCAGAUUCCCCCUGGCCUGGAUGCUGCGGGAGGCACAGUGGCCCGAUGGAGCCUGAGGCAGGUGUGGGAAGAUGUGGAUUGUCUAACUGGAGGUUGGGAGUUCAGGGUGCAGGAGGAGAAGCUUGGAGUGCAGGAUUUGGUGGUAUGUGUGUGGCAGUAGGCAAAAGAAAGAGACAACUAAGCCACUUGAAAUACCAUGAGAAUUCAAAUUUAGAAAAUUCCCGGGGAAGUAUGCAUGCAGGCACUCACCAGAUCCAAAAACAGCUGCUGCAUAACUGCAUGUUGCAAGCAAGCCCUACAUUGCUGAUUUUGAAAUAGCCUGAUGGGUUCACAAAGACAAUUUCUGAACAGUCUUAAGAGCAGAGGUGCACUGAAGCCACUGUGCCCUGCAGCUCAGAUCCCAGUAAGUUCUUUAAGGAGUGAGUCUUACUUCCAUUUAUGGAAGAUUUUUGGAGUUGUCCUCGGUCACCCCCAAGAAUGUUUUGGUUAGGAGUAGAAUUUUAGAUGUCAUCAAUUUAAAAAUUAAAACUGAAACUCUGAAACUCAUAGAGAGAUAAAAUUAAGAGAAUUCAUUCACCAUCCUGAGUAGAAAGAUUUUUAUAGCACAUAACAGGCUUUAAAAAUAAAGAAAAAAUAUGACAAAAUUUCAUCAAAUUAAAUGCUUUGAGAACUAAAAUUAAAAUCUGAAGCCACCCAACUAGCUGGACAGAUGGCUUCUUGGCCAAGGAGACCCCAGAGAAGUCUUAAAUACUGAGUUCCUGCCCAGUAUUUGGAAGCUCAGACACCUCUCCUUAUACUCUCUCCCUUUUGUGGUGUAGACACAACUGACCAGCAUUAUUGUUAAAACAGAGAUCACAAGACUGACAGAACAGACUCCUUACAGUAGUAAGAUACCAUAUUAUAAACAAGACCUGAGGCCAUGCCAGGCGAGGUUAAGUCAUGCACCCCUGAACUUAAAGAAUAAACUAUGUUCUAACUGCCACAGGAUUUUUUCUUCUUCCUUUUUUUUUCUCUAGC